AUGCAGAACAGCCACCACCAGCGACACCAGAACCCGUCCCGGCUCAAAUCACUCACAGAGAACCUGCGCCUACGACUCAAGUAUGCCAAGCUCAAGGUGCUCAACGGCUGGCACCACCAAACACUGAACGAGAUCGAAAAGACCUUCUACUACCUCAAGCUGCCCAAGCAGCAGCCCAGCAAAACCCAGCAGCACUCCUCCCCAUCAACAACAACCACCAUCUCCUCCCGGAACUCGACCCAGGACCCAAGCGAUGAGCAGCAGCAGCCCGUCCCGAGCUCGGCCCUCCGCUCAUCCACCAACACCACCUUCAGCCUGCCCUCGAAAUACUCGACCCCGUUCAGGAAGAUCAUCCGGGCCGGCGGGACGGCCAGCGGGCAACUGACGACCAACGAAUCCAACAUCUUCUGGCCCACCGGACCGGGCACCACGACCAGCAGCAAGCGGCAGCGGAAGAGCCCCGAGGGCCUGUUCUUCAAGCUCGGAGGAUCGACGACCGAUUCGUCGAGGGAGAGAGAGGAUCUGUUCAAGGACUCGAUGGACGAGUACAAGGAGCUCUACAAGCACUCCUCGCCCGCCUCGUUCCUCUUCAACAACCACUACCGGCCCCUGCGCGCCUCCACCCUGCUCCGGCUCGCCGCCUCCGAGCUCGUCUCCCCCUCGCCCAACCGCUCCCACUCCCACCUCAACAAGAUCUUCGCUAGCAACAGCCGCCCUACACUCUCGCCCAACAACGACCAGAACCACUUCUCCCUCCACCCCCGCCCGCCCCGUCUCUCUUCCAACCCCGCUCGAGAUCCUCCUCCACAUACUCUCCUCGAUCACGAAGAUGUCGAGGAAACUGCAGCGGGCGUCGACCAGAUUGGGCUCGACGAACUCGACCAGAUGAACUGGGAAUAA